GUAAAGGAUGGAAAGACUAUGCAUGAUGAACUAGAGCUUAUUGAAGGAAUGAAGUUUGACAGAGGGUACAUUUCUCCCUACUUCAUCAACACCUCGAAAGGAGCGAAGGUUGAAUAUGAGAAAGCUCUUGUGCUCCUGAGCGAAAAGAAGAUCAGCAAUGUACAAGAUAUUGUCCCAGCUCUUGAACUUGCCAAUAAGCACCGAAGACCUCUAGUUAUUAUUGCUGAAGAUGUGGAUGGAGAGGCGCUUACCACACUAGUUGAAGAAGUGACUAUCACCAAAGACGACACUCUUCUUCUGCGUGGCAAAGGUGAUCCUGCUGAAAUCGAGAAGCGAAUUGAACAGAUAGCUGAUGAGAUUGAACAGUCGACAAGCGAGUACGAGAAGGAAAAGUUCAACGAGCGGCUUGCGAAGCUAUCAAAGGGUGUGGCUAUGCUCAAAGUUGGAGGCGCUUCAGAGGUAGAAGUAAACGAAAAGAAGGACCGAGUCACUGAUGCUCUGUGUGCUACUCGAGCCGCUGUAGAAGAAGGAAUUGUACCUGGUGGCGGUGUAGCUUUACUCCGAUCUCUCAAAUGUCUCGACAGCUUCAAGGCACCUAAUGACAACCAACAGCUAGGAGUGAAUAUUGUGAGGAAAGCUGUCCGCGAACCCAUAUCUGCGAUUGCGCCUAAUGACAACCAACAACUAGGAGUGAAUAUUGUGAGGAAGGCUGUCCGUGAACCCAUAUCUGCGAUUGUAAAAAAUGCUGGAAUUGAACCUGCUACUAUCGUUGAGAAGAUUUUGUCCAACAGCAAGGCGUCAUACGGUUACGAUGCCAUGAAUGAUAAAUUUGUCGAUAUGUGCGACACUAUCAUUUUUUAUUCUUGCCCGGUUUCACCCCACUUUUCUUUGCAGAUUCUGUCUAACAGCAAGGCGUCAUACGGUUAUGAUGCUAUGAAUGAUAAAUUUGUCGAUAUGUUUGAAGCCGGUAUUAUUGAUCCCACCAAGGUGAUUCGAACUGCCUUACAAGACGCUGCUGGUGUAGCUUCAUUGCUAGCGACGACCGAAUGUGUUGUCUCAGAAUUACCCAAGGAAGAACCGGCACCAGGAAUGGGUGGAGGUAUGGGUGGCAUGGGAGGAAUGGGCGGAGGAAUGUACUAA